CCUUGGCACCAUAUCAGCAUUCUGCACUGUUUCUUCCCCAUUUUAAUCACCCAUUUCUUAGUAUAUUUGAAUUGAGGUUUUAAACUAAGUUUUAAGAUGUUUUCCUCCCCAUUGCUUAUUCUCUCCCUCUUGGCUGUUUGGGGUUUGUUCGGUUCUGUUUCGGGUUCACCCGCCUUGGAGGAAGCGUACAGGGAUGUGGUCAGCGUGGUGUCUCCAGGACAGCGGGUUCUGACCGGGGACUCCCUCCGCUCCCUCUUUAAUACACUGGAGAACCGUGUGCAGUGCGGCGAGGUGUCGUGUGAAAAGUGUGUUCUAAUAGAUGCCGUUGACCAGCUGAUCAGCAAUAACUCCAUCCACUCCAAUCAUGGAGAGCACGGAAGUGGGGGAAGCAGAGAAAAUAUAACUAUUAGUGAAUCUCAGUUCACUGAUCUUGCUGCUGGCUGCAUCCUCUACCUUUCUUCUCCUGACCUGGUCUGCACAGCCAUCAGCCAGGGGCUGUGGAGGGAGGAGACCGAACACUACCUACACAAGAUCACACAAGAGGACCACACCAUGGAUAUUAAUGGAAUCCAGGCACGACUUCAAGAGCUUCAUGGGCACUAUAAGCCAGCAUACAGUGAGAGCUGUUUAAGAGCCAGUGACAUGAUAAAGGUCAACGCAUCAACAGAGGCUCAGAGACAGGAAGUGGGUGCCAUCUUGGGCCUCAUCCUGUAUCAUGCUCUGCAAGGUCACUGCUUCAUCAGCCAGUCUCUGCCUGAGGAGAGCUUCUUCCUGGACUACAUCAUGGGCCACCUGGGGUCAGAGAACUCCACUGUCGGUGGUUUGAAGACUCUUAUGAAGAGUCUAAACAUAAGCAAUUACACGGAGAUGGGCCAUGAACAUGGUGCAAAACACAAGAAGAGGAGCAGUCUUGGACAUCAAAAUGGAAGCACCACCUGGGAUCAGAGCUGUUUCUUGGCUGAAGAGCUGGUUCUGAUCUACGGUCUGAGAGACAACAGUUCUGCCUCCUCUGGCCUGGCUCGAUCUGAUGUGGCUCGACUCAGCCCUGCCCUCGUCCAACAAGUCCUGAGCGGAGCCUGCAUGACCACGACAGAACAACAGCAAUCAGAUGGACUCACCAAGGCUCAGAGAUACCUCUAUGCAACCCUGGCCAGGGUGUUGAUAAUAAUGACAUCUAUGUUUAGCAUUGUGUUGUUGCUGUGUACCUCGUGUACCAGUGCAUUCCAGUUGGUUAUCCAGUUUUUCAUCAGUCUGGCUGUAGGCUCACUGACAGGAGAUGCCUCACUGCACCUGCUACCUAUGUUUCUAGGUUUACACGCACAUGGCGUCAGCAACCAGAACACAACUCCAGACCACGUUUACAAGAUGUUAGUUCUGCUGGGAGGAAUCUACCUCUUCUACCUGGUGGAAACAGGCUUCUAUCUGAUCACAUUAAAAUUUAAUCAUCACCAUCAACAUGAUCACUCAGAACAACCGGAUCCUCACCACUGUGACCCUGGGGCAGUUUUAGAGAUGUAUCAACAGGAAAAGCAGCAAAAAGACAAGUCACAGUUGACAUCAAAAACAGACCUGGCUGGAGCUGAAGACACUGAUGAAUCACUUCCAGAGCCAAAAGAGUGCACUGGAGAACAGCAUCUACUGCCUUACAUGAUACUUAUCGGUGACGCAGUCCACAACUUUGCAGACGGCUUGGCAAUUGGUGCAGCUUUCUCCCUGUCAUGGAAAUCUGGUUUGGCGACAUCAGUGGCUGUGCUCUGCCAUGAACUACCACAUGAGCUGGGUGAUUUUGCCAUUUUGCUCAACAGUGGCAUGAGUGUCCGCAGGGCGUUGCUUUUAAGCUUUUGUAGUGCCAUGACCUCGUUCAUCAGCCUGUACAUCACUCUGUCUGUAGCCACUGACCUCGCUGCCACGCACUGGGUAGCUGCGGUUACUGCUGGACUCUUUCUGUAUGUGGGGCUGGCCGAUAUGAUGCCCACCAUGGUCCAUAUCAAUAACAAGAGACCCUGGCUGAUAUUUCUGCUGCAGAACGUCGGGCUCUUGACCGGGUGGGCUAUUAUGCUGGUGUUGUCACUUUACGGAGAAAGGAUCAGCUUUUAAUGCAUGGACUCUUGUGCUAACACAGUGGUCUGGUGGUGCAGAUUGUAGAAUCACUGACAAUAACAUGUAUGCAUGUUAAAUGUAAACAACCGUGAUGAGACUUCUUUGACAAAGUGAAAAUGUUGAGGAAUACAGACCACAGAAAGAUGCUCCUGGUUCCUAUUAACAAAAGGGCAAAUAAACUGUCAAAUGGGCCCAAAUCCAGUCAUAGACAGUCUUGAAAAGUGAUUCCCACUUUCUGCCUGAAGCACCAAAACCACUUGACCACAUGCGAUUAUUUCAUGAUGCUGUGAAUGUUGUUAAAUAAUUUUAUGCAGAAAAAGUGUACAGUGUACUGUAACUUAUUCAGUAUAUUUUAAUCAAUACAGGGAUUUGUCAUUUUAUUAAGUACACCUAUGGUGUUGAGAAAAUAUUAAAGACACAUUUCCACAUAAUGCAAUCCAGUACAAUUAACACCACAAACAGCUGAAAAUAACUCUUCUCUGAUAGUCUCAUCAAAAACUGAACAUUUAUAAAAGGUAGAAUUUAUUAAUAAUCCUCUGUAGUGGACUGCACUGGCUGCAGCAAAGAGUACCUAUUAUCUAUUCUAUCAUUUAAAAUACUGUAUAUAUUUCUACCACUGCUAAUGUCCCUUCAUCUACCAUUAAACCACAGUUAUUUCAUGGCACUAGAAGUGACACUGAAAACUGUAGGAAUGCUUCAAUAAAAAUGUUAAAUUUGCCCAAGACAAAGAAAAACAGUCCAUUAUACAGAUUAAACUAAAAAUCCCACAGCACAUGGAAGUAAAAGUAUAGUUUAGUAUUUCUGUGUUGCUUGAAAACAACUUUCAAAAUAUGUUUUGUAGCAAGACCUAUUUUUCUUCUGUCUAAGCAGCAAGCACGUUUUUACUUUAGAAUAAUUGAGACCUAAACUGUCUCCAUUCACACCCUUUCUUGUGUCUUGGAUGAAUAUAAAUGUGUGUUUCAAAGAUGCUACGGUACACUCUCUUAACGUCUGAAAUGCAUGUUAAACAUGGGCCCCUAUGAAAUACUGAAUGAAUGAGGGUGUUUGUGUUUUUCUCUCUUUCAACAGCCAUGUAUGUGAUGUUAGGGUGAUUUUUAUUUU